AGAGUUCUCCCGCAAACGACUAGCUAUGUCACUGGUAAAUAACCGAAACCUGGGCGCGAGUUUUGUAUAACAUCAUCAUCGUGCAGGACAGAGUGCCAAGGGACGCAGUAUAGAGCAAAUAAACACCGGUGUUUGUACGCUUUACUACGUCUCUCGUUUGUUGGCGCUUUGUUCUGAGGAUGACCACUCUAUAACUACAGCUGUCACGUCUCAACUAGCUUUUUUUUUUUCUUCUACAUUCGUAUAAUGUAAUACCGGGCAGGCAAACUAAACCUCUGGUAAGUGUAGAUAGGACGCCUCUGCACUUGGCCCGUAUAGUAGUCGUUCCACAACUUGUCAUUGACAGUUCACAGUCCUGCAUGCACUAUACAAAGAUAGCCCCUUUUCUUGGACGCUGUAAAUAAGUAGAUGCGAUGAUCACCUUCCUUUCCUUUACACCCAUCGCCCCGUGCUGCAGUCUGCAAGGUGUGCAUCGUGCAAUUCCUGGCAACCAGUCAUCUGUGCCCCAUCUGCGACGUUCCAGUGCACAAGACAAAGCCGCAUCAAUCCAUUCGAGGAAAUGAAGAAGAGGCGUGACUUCUACGAGAAGCACCCAGAGAACGACACGAACGUGACUUGUGCCGAAGAUCGGGGAAUCGUGGACGGCUCCAGCCGGCUCAUCUUCAGCCCCGACGACACCAUCAGCCUCUCCCUGGAGUACAGCACGGGCAAGCAAGAACAUGCGGAAACAUCUGGUGAGAAGGGCAAAGGGACGUCUACCGACUCUGGAAGUGAAACGGAGGUGGUUCCGAAGCGCUUCCUCAACUGCCCGGCGGCCUUCACCAUAAGCCAUCUGCAGAAGUUCAUCCGCAUGAAGUACAGCCUGGCACCCCAGUACCAGGUCGACAUUCUUCACAUGGAUGACGUGCUAUCUCAUGAUUUUACUUUGAUGGACGUUGCAUAUAUCUACGUAUGGAAGAGGGAUUGCCCUUUGCGCCUCUCUUUUCGGAUAUGCAAGGUGCCUCCAAAGCCUUCUGCUGUCGCAGUACCUUCUCUCAACACAACUAGCGAAGUUGAACAGACUGCUGCAAAUGGAGCCAACGACAACCAAGAAAAAGAAAUUGUCAAGAAACCAGCAGAAAACAAACCUGCAUUGCUGAAGCCUGCAGAGGACAGUCAAGUCUCUAUGCCACCUCCUCGUACUCCAGAACAGGUGAACAAGCUAACCACGAAGUCACCAUCUGAACCUGCUGGUGCCGUUCCCAGCAGUGUGCCCCAGCCAGAGGAGCCUAGGGAACCUAAUACUACUGUUGUACCUGCUGCUGAGCCUCCCAUCGCUACUGUCGUACCUGCUGCUGAGCAUCAUGCAUUGGAAACCCCUGAAAUGAAAACUACUGCAGAGGAGGAAUCUACAGCUCCAGGUAGCCCAAAGGCCAUAGCCCUGGUGCAGUCAACGUCCCCACAGAGGCAGAAGGCAUCGGAGCCACCAGCAGAGGCUCAGUCACCACCGCCAUUGCCAAAGAUCACCAUAAGCACCCUGGACAAGAAUAGUCACAAGAUCUUGAUACACACCAAGGAGGUGCCACCAACUCUGGGUCAGGCCCUAUCGCCCCCCCACAAUGGACAGGAUAGGUCAUCACCCCCUUCUGGAAAGAAGUCCAAACGUAAGGAGCAACGUGACGUUGACAGGCACCAUCAGUCAAAGCGCAAGUCGCCUGAAAAAGUGGAGAAACGGGUUCAGUGGUGCCGGUCUCCACCAGAGGAUGGCAGCCCCAAUAAAAAGCUCAAACUGGAUGGCUGCGACGAUGCCGUGGAGGUGGAUGCUGUGUGCAGAAAGUCCAUCAGCUCUCCUCUACAGAGAUCUGAAGGCGGCGCAUCUCUUCCAGAACCAGCUAAGCACAACAUGCCUAAGGCUGUGCCCAGCCCAAGGAAGCCACCGCCACCACCGCCUGCCCACCCUAGGACCCCACCUUGCACCUCGCUGCCCCCAAACCUGCCACGCAGUGACGAAGACACACGGCCACUUGAUCUGUCAGUAUCCCACCGUGGUGCUACUGCUGCCAUUCCCCAAGAGCCACCUCGUCGUCCAAGAGGCAGGCCUCCCCUUCCUCUGCCCUCAAUCAUGCAGCCCUUGCCACUAGUGGCUAAGCGGCCUUCCCCUCCUCCGACGACGGCAUACAGUCCUCCUACCUCUACGCCUCUCUUCCACAAGCUGCCAGCUGCACAGCCAUCUUCUUCUUCGUCACACCAUCACCACCACCACCACCAUCGUGGCAACAGCAAGAGCUUUCUCAAGGGUGCCAACUUGACUUGCAUCAACCCAGAUCCUAAUGCAUUUCACACCAAAAUAGUCAUCAAGAAUGUGCCUCCACGUAACUCCACCAACAAUAGCCUCCACAGAGUGUGAGCUUGUUGGCAGUGCCUGGUGGCCAACUUUUGCUCUGGCAGAUCACAAAUUCUGUGGGGCAUGUUUCUAGUCUUCUAGCCUCGGAUGUGCCGGUUUCAGUGAAGGCAGCCCAUCUUUUGGGUUUGGUGCGUGUGCCUGUGUGACAGUGCAGUGUUUGUGCUUACCCAUUGGAUUAUUGGAUUACUGGACCAAUGCUGCAGGAUUGCUCUCAUUUGGAUACACGGAUUCUUCACUUUUUGGAUAACCAAACCCAAAAUUCUAUGAUCUGGAUAAUGAAACCUUGUGUGUCUGAGUGAAAGGUGGUGUUGGCCUGUGUCACAUAUGGAUGAAGCCCUUUGGAUACACUUCGGUGCAUAUGUGUGUGUGUGUGAGAGAAUUCAGUGACGCCAGAGUGAAUCUCCCCACAUGGAUUACCAUUUCUCUGGCUGGUGUUAUGCCAGCAUCAAAGGAAUAAUGAACGCCGCAUUUCUUUGGAUUACCUGGGAUUACCCUUCGAACACUUCUGGAUUACAGUGGACUACACUUCGGUGAAUAUGCCCCAAUAGGUAUCACCUCAUCGUCGUCACGAAGAUCUGUUGGUUGCAUAGAAAAACUUGUUAGCAACAAGUGCAUACUGCACGGUGUAUCCAUGACGGGGCUGCACUGUAGUCUUUUAUAUCACAUAGCAGUUGGUCAUAAGGCUCCAGUAUUAUGCAGUUACUGUCUUUAAAGCUAGUGCAAUAGUCUAUUGGGCACAUGUGUCAUUUUGGGAUACCUGACAGGUACUGUACAGGGUCUUCUUCACCCAUCUCCUCACCCUUACUACUAUAGGACUGUAUAUAAGCCUGUAACGGCAGCUCCAGCAUUUCAAUAUUUGAUUUAGCAAUUCUUGUAAUGUUAUAAAAAUAAUCCCAUAGGGCAUUUUAUCCCUUUAGAUAUCUGAUGGAGUUUCAAAGCAUGGAACAUUACUUCAAACACAGCAAAGUUAUUUUGAUUUACACAAGGUGGUGUUCAGUACAAUCGUGCACAAUGACUGCUCAGUGUCAGAAGUCAACUUAGUGGGUGCAAAUUAAGCACUUAUGUUGAUGAAAUUUUGGAUAAAGCAAGAAACAAGUGGUGCUCAUUGCCAUCUGGCAGACACAAAUGCCACUGUCAAGCAUGCUAUUCCAUCAGCAUAGAAAAAUGUGCUGCAACUACUGCGACCUGCUUCUUACAUGACUUGGUCCUAGCCAGUGGGCACUUAGCUAUUACUCUAAUAAAGCUUGAGCAGAACGAGAACAAGGUAAAAGUGGGAACCAACAUUUUGACUAGUGGACUUGCCUUUUCCUAUAAAUCUUAUCAUUCUUGUAGAAAUUUCAAACUAGCUCAAAAUUUUUGCAAAACGAUACCUUUGGAGCUGACUGUGGGCAGGCACUUCAUUCUAUACCCAACAGCUUGGGUGUUUGAAAUGAAGGGUGUGUGCAGUCUGUAUAUACUUGUCUUUUUAUGUAAGUGGGUAGAUGGUAGUAUAGUAGCGAGUUGUUGUGGAGUAUAUAUAGACAUUUUGUUAUGCAUAAGUGCCCCUAUCAGACGGCAAGUGGAAGCACUUAAUAUAUUAGAGUUGUGUGGUGUGCACAUGGAACUAUCUCCAUGUGCAGCUCUGCAUUCAGAGCACGAGUCUUUUUAGCAUAUGUACACAAACAUCUUCACUGGUAUAUGAAUGCGUUACAUGCAUGUCGUAGUGUGUGAAUCAAGCUAGUGUUACAAGCAGCAAGUAUAUUAGAGACACUGCUAGCGAAAGGGGCUCGGCUCAUGUGAAGCACAAGAAAAAGUUGUUUCACCAUGACAUAGGCUUAUGAAUACCAUAUUACUAUAAGAAAAAGUUGUGGCAUAGAACGACAGCAGAGCCUACAGCAGCAGUUGCAGUAAUUUACCCAUACUACAGAAAGCUGCUGUCAGAAAUGUAUACAGGGUGUCUAGCAGCUUGGACAAAAGGCAAAACCCAGUAUUAUUAGGUAUCUUGGGUACCUUGAAAUGAUCAGGAUCUCUUGGGCAAAUCUGUAAAGAAAUGAACUGUGUUAGGGCAACUGAGGAUAUGGCCAAUUUACAAAAUUGCGUGUUGGCAUCCCCUCACAGUUCUAUAAUUCUUCUUUCAUGUACCUAUUGCUUAGCAUGAAUGUGCAAAGAAGGGAACACUCUUCAAGAUUGCAUAGCCCCAUUCUUUAAAUCCUCUGAUUAGUUUACCUUAGUGCUAUUCCAGAAAUUCUGUGUUCUUCUAGCUUAAUAGUACAUCAUGGAGAGCGCUACUUUAGUAACAAGAAUUUAGCACAAACCGAUGAGGGAAACCUGGAAACACAGGAGAACUUGGGAACAGCACUUUUGCUAGACACCGUGCAUACAAAAUAGAGCACAUUUUAUAUUUGUGUUUGCAAGAUAUUUACAAGUUUAAAGUUCACAUGUUGGCAGGUGUGAAGAAGUAACUGUGAACACUGCUUUGAGGGGCAAGGGAAGAAGCACAGUUCCGAGGGAAAGCACACACACACACACACACUUGCCACAAUGGCAAGAAUGUAUGUCGGCAGUCCAAAUGCACACUUGUUUAUUGCAAGAAAGGUGCUGUGUGGGGCCACUCAAACAUAUGCAUGUUGCUUAGUGCGCAUAACUCUGGUUUGCAGGAAGAGUCGGCUAUGUUCUGCCACUUUAAAGGUCUCAUAAAUGCAGCAUUUAAAUUACAAUGCACGCGUGAAACACAGCCAUGACACCAAGCUAUCUUGCUUUUUUUUACUCUACAUUUCACAUUGACAAUGUACAUAUUUGAAGUACACAAAAUGACAAUGUGAAUAUGAUUCACUAAACUAAAAGCUUCAGAUGACAAUGUGAUCAUGAAGCACAGCUACGACGAAAGCUAUUCUACUAUUUAUGAUGUGUGCAUCGUAUAAGUACACAAAAUGACAAUGUGAAAAUUGUUCACAGCAUGUAGGUUUCUUCUUUACUUUGACACCAUCUGUUGUUAGAAAUUCCCUUAAUAGAUGUUGAAUAUGUAAACCUCAACUAAUUUAUCUGGGCAGACAUUUGUGAUAUUGAGUAUCUAGUGAUUGCAUUUUCCAACUACAGAAUAUGUAGUCGAAAAAUUUCGUCCUCAGUUACGUAAUUUGAAACAUGGCAGGAAACACAUGCGAGAAAGGAUGACCAACAUAAUUGUUCAUAGUUGUAAACUUGUGUUAGCAGGCAUUUUAGUAGAUAGGAAACAGACACAGUGCAAACACAUGAAGUUGGAAUAUUUACUUUCCCACAGGUGGCUUUGUCUUGUGAGAUGCAUAGUUUCGCACUAUAUUGCCUAGAGGGAAAUCUGGUGCUGCUGCGCUGUGGUAUGCAUGGGAAUGCCGGUAUAUUGCGACUUCAGAUUGACAUCGUUCUCGGAGAGCAGGCAAACACCGUUCCAUCUGUCACAAUGAUUAAUCUUCUUCUAAAACACCAUGUAAAAAGCUGUUUUAGCUUUAUUAUUACACAAAUAACAUGUUUUUUUUAACUAUGAGAACUUGUUGCAUAUACAAUUAUAUGAAACGUAAACAGUAUUGUCGGGCUGCUUAAGGUGGAGGAGAGACGACGAGAUUCGUGCUCGCUUUGGAACAGUUUGUCGUCUCUUCUUGCUUUUCUUCGCUUGGUUAUGCAUUGUAGGUGAGUAAACUUCACUGGAAGAUGUAAUAUGCAUGAAUGGAUACAUUUUAUGAAGAUCUUACUUUAAGAAUGCGUUAUUUGUGUAGCCAUAUCCACGUUUUAGCCGACGCCUCUUACAACACCAGUCAACACAAGCCUCAGAUGCAUAUACCGUCAUUCCCAUGAUGGCACAACGCGCCCUAGGAAACUCCCAUAGACGGUGGCACCAGAUUUUCCUCUAGGUGUUAUAGUGAGAAACUCUAUGGUGAGAUGUCAUUACCUGAAUUUAGCAUUUUGUUAUGUAUAGUGCAUGUAUUAUCUUUCGCCUGACUACGAAACUUGCCGUCUGAUAGAUGCUUACGGUGUAGUCUGUGAGCAUAGCUUUAGCAUGCUGCUUCUUUGAAGUGUAGUGUUCUUGAACUCCAGUAUGAAAUAAAGAAGCGUUAUUCCCAA